UCCGAGCGUUCUCUACAAACGAGCGCGUCGACGUCAGAGUUGGGCGGAGUCCAGUUUCAGUUUUUGGCGGGAUCCAUUGUGGCCCGGAGCAGGACCAGGUCUUAGCCAAGAAUCUUCGUUGCAUGUCUCCUGGGCUGCCCACCUGGACCCUCCUUUACCCUUGCUCACCUCAGCUGUUCUCUUGACAACAUGGAUGUAGAGGAAGACGACUUGUGUCUACUGACAUCUCUGCUGGAGGAGAACAAGGCAGCCUUGCCCUGUAGUUCAGAAGAGAAUAAGUCCUUGUCUCUGGAAGACGGCGAGCUUGAUAAAUUUGAUGAGCUUUUUGAUGCUGAUGGUGAUGGUGAAUCUUACACAGAAGAGGCUGACAGUACAGAAGAGGAAAAGGCUGGAAACCAGGAGGAGCAUUUGGCCACUCUCUUUGGCGAUGUGGAGGACUUAACAGAUGAUGAAGUUCCAAUAUCGCAAGUUGAAAACAGUGUCCCACCUGCUUCUGCUCCUGCUCCCAGCAGAGAGAAAACCAAUCAGGAGUUGCAAGAUGAAUUAAAGAAAUUGCAAGAGCAAAUGAAAUCCUUACUGGAGCAGCUAAAAGCCACAUCAAUUAAACAGCCUCCACCUAUAGCUCCUUUGCAGGGACCACCUGAAGGUGCAUCUCUGCAGCCCUCGCUUAAGGAGACAAAAAUUCGGAAAAUUCAGGAGUCAGCAUGCUUUUCUUCAGAGCUUGAUGUCCCCACUUUACCCAGAGCCAAGCGGGUGGCUCGGAUGCCAAAGACUCCUGCAGAGACAUCUUCAAAGCCCAGUAUGCCCUCACAACCACUGCAGGUUACUUCCAGUUUUCUAGAGCUGAAAAGCUCUGCUUCAAGGUCAACAAACUCGCCCUCACCUCAAGCUGUUCCUGGAAACCAACGCAGUGGGAUGCCUAGAAAUCAAAGCACUGCCAUCCCUGGGAGUUCUGGGGAGCGGCCCUCACAGGUUCCCCAGGUCUCUGUGGAAGCCUUCUCAGGCCUCCGCCUCAGGCGACCUCGAGUCUCCUCCACAGAAAUGAACAGGAAGAUGACAGGCCGGAAACUGAUCAGACUGUCUCAGAUCAAGGAGAAGAUGGCAACUGAGAACCUGGAAGAAAUGGACUGGGUGACAUUUGGGGUUAUACUCAGGAAGGUCACUCCACAGAGUGCUAACAGUGGGAAAACGUUUAGCAUCUGGAAACUGAACGACCUUCGAGACCUGACUCAGUGUGUGUCCUUGUUCUUGUUUGGAGACGUUCACAAAGAUCUCUGGAAGACAGAGCAAGGGACCGUCAUAGGGUUGCUCAAUGCAAAUCCCAUGAAGCCCAAAGAUGGCUCGGCAGAGGUGUGUUUAUCUAUUGAUCAUCCUCAAAAAGUUUUAAUUAUGGGAGAAGCUAUGGACCUGGGGACCUGUAAAGCCAAGAAGAAGAAUGGAGAGCCGUGCACACAGACAGUUAACUUGCAUGACUGUGAAUACUGCCAGUAUCACAUCCAGGCCCAGUACAAGAAGCUUAGCGCAAAGCGGUCUGAUCUGCAGUCCACUUUCUCCGGGGGACGGAUUCCAAAGAAGUUCCGCAAAGGCACCAGCCUGAAGGAGCGGCUGUGUCAAGAUGGCUUCUACUAUGGCGGGGUUUCUUCCGAAUCCUUCGCAGCGUCCAUGGCAGCGGCCAUUGCUCCUAAGAAGAAGGUUCAAACCACACUGACCAAUCUGGUUGUUCGGGGCACAAACUCAAUCAUCCAGGAAACAAAACAAAAGCUUGGAAUUCCCCAGAAGAGCUUGUCUUGUUCUGAGGAGUUCAGGGAAUUGAUGUCCCUGCCCACAUUUGGAGCCAGAAACUUACAGAAGCAUCUAGCCAGAGCCAAGUCUUCAGGGAGCCCCAAACCUGCCAUCCAGUCCAUCUCAGCGUCGGCCCUCUUGAAGCAGCAGAAACAACAGAUGCUGGAAAUGCGCAAGAGGAGAUCAGAAGAAAUACAGAAACGAUUCCUCCAAAGCUCAAGUGAAGUCCAGAGCCCAGCAGUACCAUCUUCCUCUCGACAGGCCGCUGCUGCCCAGUCUCCUCCAACUGGGGCUGAGUUCCCCAACUUAGAAGGAACUGCAGCCCCAGGGAUGCCCAAGCUAGGCAGAGGCAUCUCAAAAGGGGACGAUGUUCUCUUCUUUGAUGAAUCACCACCACCAAGACCAAAACUAAGUGCAGCAGCAGAAGCUAAAAAGUUAGCUGCUAUUGCAAAAUUAAGGGCAAAAGGCCAGAUUCUUACAAAAAUAGAUCCAAACAAUAUUGUGAGGAAGCAAAUGGACGCCCAAGCCAUGCUGGGAGUGAAGGAGCGCGUGGAGAACAGCAACAUGGUUUCUCCUGAAGAUGAGCUGGAGCCUGCCAGGAAAAAAAGGAGAGAGCAGCUUGCCUACUUAGAGUCAGAGGAAUUUCAGAAGAUUCUAAAAGCAAAGUCCAAGCACACAGACAUCCUGAAGGAGGCCGAGGCCGAGCUACAGAAAUCCUAUUUUGAGCCACUGGUGAAAAAAGAACAGAUGGAAGAAAAGAUGAGGGCCACCCGAGAAGUAAAGUGCCGCGUGGUGACGUGCAGGACGUGCACCUAUACCCACUUCAAGCCUCUGGAGACCUGUGUCAGCGAACAGCAUAACCUCCACUGGCAUGACGGUGUGAAGAGGUUUUUCAAAUGCCCUUGUGGAAACAGGACUAUCUCCCUGGACAAGCUCCCACAUAAGCACUGCCGUAACUGUGGCCUCUACAAGUGGGAACGGGAUGGGAUGCUAAAGGAGAAGACUGGUCCAAAGGUAGGAGGAGAGACCCUGCUGCCGAGAGGGGAAGAGCACGCCAAGUUUCUGAACAGCCUUAAAUGACUCUUCAGACGCCACCCAGUCGGCCUCACUCCUGGGGUUCUGGGAAGCAGGAGAUCGGCUCCGUGCCUCUUUUUCCUGGUUGAUACCAUGAGAAAGAAGUGCUUGGUGACCACGGUGCCUGCUCGCUUUCCUCUGUGUGCUGGCCUGACACCAUAGUUAACAUGUGCACGUGGGCAACCGGGGCACUGCGGGCCUUUCCCCGAGUCACAGACGCCUGCCGUACAGCAGCCACACAGAUUUUUGCCCCAGAACUGAAAGAUGACUCGAGCUUUGCCUGUGGGUCUCCUUCAAGUGUGGGCACUGUGUGACAAAAGAGCUAACGUGUCAAGUUAUCUCCCCACUUCCAUACUCCCUCUGUGGAAAAUGAAGCCCAGGCUGUGUGUGGGUCCGUGUAAAAUACCAACACUUGGGUUCUGGAUGAUGAAUACCACUGUCGUUUGUGUACUCUGGAUGUGCUAACAUUGGAUGCCACAUUCUUUCCUUCUGUUGUGAUUUCAGCUGUUUCUCUGAAAUGCAAGUCAGCAAGCCAAUUUGUGACUCAGCUCCUUUGUAGAGAAGGAUGUUUCUGUGCGACUCGAUAGAAAUGCCUAAACGCUUGUCAUCUUUAGUGUGGGUUUAUUUAAAAUAAAGUUCGAUGCCCCUAAUAAAAGUAAAUAUACAACUUGA